AUGGGCAGUGAAAACUAUACAAGAGUCACUGAGUUCAUUUUUGUGGGAUUGAAAUAUGAUCCAAAGCUACAGGUCAUUCUCUACCUUAUUGUUCUACUUUUUUAUUUCAUUAACAUGACAGGCAAUCUGGGCAUAAUAAUUCUUAUAUGGUUUGAUGCCCGACUCCAUACCCCCAUGUAUUUUUUCCUCAGCCAUCUCUCUUUUGUGGACAUGAGCUUCUCUUCAAUAGUGAUUCCCAAAAUGCUCAGAGACUUCUUUAAGGAAAGAAAGACCAUCACAUUCCUGGGUUGUGCCUUGCAGCAAUGGUUUUUUGGUUUUUUUGUGGCCAUUGAAUGCUCCCUUUUGGCAUCUAUGGCCUAUGAUCGCUAUGUUGCAAUCUGUAACCCUCUGCUUUAUUCCAUUGCUAUGUCCCAGAAACACUGCAACCAACUGGUAGCUAUCCCCUAUGCUAUAGGGUUCAUGGAUGCCAUGAUUCACACUCCUGCUGCUUUUCAUCUCCCCUUCUGUGGUCCAAAUGUCAUCAAUCACUUCUUUUGUGACAUUUUCCCCCUCCUCUCCCUCAUAUGUACUGAUACCAGCAUGAAUAAAUUAUUAGUUUUUGUCAUUGCUGGGAUUAUUGGAGUUGUCAGUGGCCUGAUCAUCCUUGUCUCCUACAUCUACAUACUUAUAGCUAUCCUUAAGAUCCAGUCUGCUGAAGGAAGAAAGAAAGCCUUUUCCACCUGCUCUUCCCAUCUCACUGCUGUCACCAUCUUAUAUGGGACCCUCUUCUUUGUCUAUGUACGGCCUAAUUCAAGGUUCUCCAUGGAUACCAAUAAACUCGUCUCUGUGUUUUAUACUUCAGUAACUCCCAUGUUGAACCCCCUUAUCUAUAGCCUGAGGAACAAGGAGGUCAAAGAUGCUAUCUACAGGACCAUUGCUAAAAGAAAGUUUUGUAUCAGGAUAUGA